AUGGGAGAGAUUAAAGUCUCUCCUGACUACAACUGGUUCAGAAGCACAGUUCCCCUUAAAAAGAUAAUAGUAGAUGAUGAUGACAGUAAAGUCUGGUCGCUGUAUGAUGCGGGACCGAGGAGCAUUCGGUGCCCGCUCAUCUUUCUCCCUCCUGUAAGUGGGACUGCAGACGUGUUCUUCCAGCAAAUUCUGGCACUGACUGGAUGGGGUUACAGAGUUAUUGCUUUGCAGUAUCCAGUGUACUGGGAUCACCUUGAGUUCUGUGAUGGGUUCAGGAAACUGUUAGACCACCUUCAGCUGGAUAAAGUUCACCUUUUUGGAGCUUCUCUGGGAGGAUUUCUAGCUCAGAAAUUUGCAGAGUACACACACAAAUCUCCCAGAGUUCAGUCUCUGAUCCUAUGCAAUUCCUUUAGUGACACUUCUAUCUUCAAUCAGACAUGGACAGCAAACAGCUUUUGGCUGAUGCCUGCCUUUAUGCUGAAAAAAAUUGUCCUUGGGAAUUUUGCAUCUGGGCCUCUAGAUCCUGAGAUGGCUGAUGGAAUUGAUUUCAUGGUGGACAGGCUGGAGAGUCUGGGCCAGAGUGAGCUUGCUUCAAGACUUACCCUCAACUGCCAGAACUCCUAUGUAGAACCUCAUAAAAUCCGAGACAUCCCUGUAACCAUUAUGGAUGUGUUUGACCAAAGCGCACUUUCGACUGAGGCAAAAGAAGAAAUGUAUAAGCUUUAUCCUAAUGCCAGAAGAGCUCAUCUCAAAACAGGAGGCAACUUCCCUUAUCUCUGCAGGAGUGCUGAGGUCAACCUCUAUAUUCAAAUCCAUUUACUGCAGUUCCAUGGCACCCGCUAUGCAGCCAUUGAUCCCUCCAUGGUCAGUGCAGAAGAGCUGGAAGUCCAGAAGAUCAGCCUUCACAGCAGCAACGAGCAAGAAGAGCAGUAGGUUUUGGAGUGCUGGUGGAAACAAAGAAUCAGUUUGGUGGUCUUCCUGUGUACAAUCAACUGUUCCCACUCUGCCUUCCUCUUAGCGUUAGCCGAUGAUCACUGUGUGAUUCCAACAGGGUCAAUGGUCAGUGAAGGACCCACAGAUGGCAACCUCCAGCAGUGUGAUGGAAUAGAUCUGCUUCAUUUUUUAGUCUUUGAAUUCAAGGAAACACAGUUGGAGACUACACUUUUAAAAGAAAAAAACAAAGACAUUUUUGCUACCAAAGUCCUCACUCUCACGUUCUUACACAGAACAAGAUUUCUUUUUAUACUUUCACUCAGCUGUAUAUAUUGCCACAUGCAGAUCAUGUACUUAGAAGCUGACCUCUAUUUUUGUUGACUAUUUGGUUUAAAAGAUGUUCAAGUGCCAAUGUUGCCAUCCCUUACUCGCUUCAUAUGUUGUGUUGUAAGUUAGUUUCUAUCUGAAAUAAAGCAGUUCAAUUUUUAAC